CCGCGCCGCCUCAGGCCCCGAUGGCGGCGGCCGAGCCGAAGGGCCUGCUUCAGGGCAGUGUUACCUUUGAGGAUGUGGCCAUUGACUUCUCCCAAGAGGAGUGGGGGUUCCUCGAUGAGACGCAGAGACUGCUGUACUGUGAUGUGAUGUUGGAGAACUUUGCUAUCAUUGCCUCCCUGGGUUCUUGGCGUGGAACAGGGGAUGAGGAGGCAUCUUCUAAGCAGAGUAUUUCUGCAAAAGAAAUAUCAAAGGUCAAGAUUUCAAAGGCAAAUUUAUCCACUCAGAAGACUCACCCCUGGGAGAUGGGUGUCUUAUUCUUGAAAGGGAUUUUGCAGCUGACUGAACAGACCCACCUUGGACAGGAUUCAUGCUUUGGUGGGGCUUGUGUGAGAUGUUUCUGGAUGAGUACAACUCUUCACCAGCACCAGAAGUGUCACAGCGAGGAGAAACUCUUCCAGAAGUAUGUGGAUGGGGCCUCAUUUGUGAAGAGCUGCAGAUUCCAAGUGCUAGAGCAACCUUUUCCCUUCCAAUACCAGGCCAUUCCUAAGAGUGAGAAGAGACUCGGCAGCUUUGAGUAUGGGGAGACUUUUCAUAGUGGAAGAAAUCUUUGCAAGUGGGAUAAAUACAGGAAAUCUUCUGAUAACAAAUACACACUUGUUCACCACAAGAGCACUUUGACUGGAGAGGAAUGUUCUGAGGAUAACAAAUGUGGAGAAGGUGUAAGCUACAAGUACAGGCUUGUUCAACGCCGGGAAAUUCACCUUGAAGAAAGGCCAUAUGAGUGUGGCGAAUGUGGAAAAUCCUUUAAAUACAAAUGUUUGCUUGUUUACCAUCAGAGAGUUCAUACUGGAGAAAGGCCCUAUAAGUGUGAGGAAUGUGGGAAAUCAUUUAGAGAUUCCUCAUCCUUCAUUCAACAUCGUAAAAUUCACACUGGAGAAAAGCCUUAUGAGUGUAGCAAAUGUGGGAAAUUUUUUACCCAGGGAUCAAAUCUUAGGAAACACCAGAGAAGUCCCACUGGAGGAAGGCCUUAUGAGUGCAAGGAAUGUGGGAAAUUCUCUAGUUAUUGCUCCUACCUUAGUAAGCACAAGAUGAUUCACACAGGAACAGUGCUGUAUCAGUGUUGUAAAUGCGGGAAAUCCUUCACCCGAGGGUCCAGCCUCCUUCACCACCAGAGAAGUCAUGCUACAGCUAGUGAAUAUGAGUGUGGUGAAUGUGGAAAAUCCUUUAGAUACAAAUGUUUACUUAUUUACCACCAGAGAGUUCACACUGGAGAAAGGCCUUUUCAAUGCGCGGAAUGUGAGAAAUCGUUUCGUAACCGCUCAGUCCUCACUCAGCAUUGGAGAGUUCACACCGGAGAAAAACCUUAUCAGUGUGCAGAAUGUGAGAAGUCAUUCAGCAGUCGCUCAGUCCUCACUCAGCAUUGGAGAGUUCACACCGGAGAAAAGCCCUUUCAGUGUGCAGAGUGUAAGAAGUCAUUCAGCAGUCGCUCAGUCCUCACUCAGCAUUGGAGAGUUCACACCGGAGAAAGGCCUUAAGUGGGCAGGGAAUGAGCUUGUUCCUUGAGAGCCUUUGUGAGGCACUGACCUACAGGAAUUGACUACCUACCUUCAAACAUUUGCAGAGUGGAGAUUCUCCAUGGGAUAUGGGCGUGUGGGAAGCCUUCAGAAAUGGCAGUACAUUUUAUAAAGUUCCCAGAACCCUCACCAGAUUCUUGUUAAGCCACCAGUACCUCUGGCCUAAAACUCCCGCCUGGAUCACCUGAAAAGUACCCACUGUGCAUUAGUCCCCAACCUAAAGUGCUCUAGGAGGCAAACUUCUGUGCUUGCUUUUUGCUGGAGGAAACUGCAACAUGACCUCUAGGAGGCCCUCACUCCCAUCUCUGACAAGGUGAGGCCAGGACCAGACCAAGUUUGGGCCCAGAGAGCCUAAUCUGAGUUUUGGCAUCUUGCCAAAAAGAUUCUUUUUCAGGGACUUCCGUGGGUCUCAGAACAAUUACAGGACUUUUUGGCUACAGUUGUGGCUUUAAUGCCAGUAUGUGUAUGUGAACGCUCUCACACAUUAACUCGGAGGUCACCUGGAAGGGGACACAGUUGCUUUGGAGAAUUACAUGAGCUGAUGAUCACAUCAGGUUCAGCACUGUUGGGGCUCAGGGAGACCAAACAUGGUAUUAAUCAGCAGUUGAGACUGAAGCAAAUGAGUAUACAUACCUCUCUUACAAGUGCCUCGACACAUUUCAGUGGCUGUGGUUGUGUGGAUUCAGUGUAUAGAGAACCUCAGGAUUCCAGACCUGUAUCUGGUGAGGUGAAGAAUUCAUUUUACCCAAUUGAUUAAGCUUUUGUCCUUGGAUCGUGGGAGGCAAUGUCUAAACCAUUGGGAUAACCUCAGUGGUUGGGGUGUCUUUGUUAUUUAUGAAAGAAUUCAAUCUCACUGAUAGCCCUGUUAAGGAAGUGACAUUGGGGCAGGCUGUGCCAGGAAAAAUAGGAUGUCAGCCUGGCUGCCAGGGCAGAUAGGGAAGCUGCAGAUUGAGUUUGAUCAUGCAGCUGGUGAUUCAACCAUUUGUGCCUACAAAAUGAAACUCCAAGCAGAAAUCUGGAUGCUGAGCUUCCUUAAUUGAUAACACAUUGGUGUGCCAGGACAGUACAGAAGCUUCGUGUUUGGAUCCUCCCAGGCCUUCACUCCAUGUACCUCUUGUAUGAAUAUUAAUGAACCUGUCAAUUAGUAUAGUAAUUUUCUGUUAUCUGUGAGUCGUUCUCAUAAAUUAACAGACUUGAAGGGAUAGGGAGAGAGUCCAUGCUUGUGUCUAUUAGUCAGAAGUUAAGGUGGCCUAGAACCCUUGACCCAAGCCAUCGUAUUUUCAGUUGCCUCACAGGCAUGUGAAAGUUGGACACU